GGUCUCCCGACAGGCCCUGCGUUUCUCACCCGCCAGCUUUUGCCUGAACCUACAAGCAUCUGAGAUGAAGAACCAGGAGGAAGCUGCGGACGGGAAGCAGCGUAUUCACCUGCGCCCUGGCUCGCUGCGUGGCGCCGCACCGGCUAAGCUGCACCUUCUGCCCUGCGACGUUCUGGUCAGCCAGCCCGCCCCGGUGGAACGCUUCUUCACGCCCGCCGUCCGCCGUGAUGCAGACGGGCUGCAGGUGUCGUUUCGCGGUCGUGGCCUGCGGGGCGAGGAGGUAGCUGUGCCGCCAGGGUUUGCGGGAUUCGUGAUGGUGACAGAGGAGAUGGGAGAGGGGCUGAUAGGGAAACUGAACUUCUCAGGGGACGCUGAGGACAAAGUGGACGAGGCGCAGCAACCGCUGGAGCGGGACUUCGACCGCUUUAUCGGAGCCACCGGCAGCUUCAGCCAUUUCACCUUGUGGGGUCUGGAAACGGUCCCUAGUGCAGAUGCCAAAGUGCAUAGGGCCUUAGGUUGGCCCAGCCUCGCUGCAGCGACAUUCCUCAUACUGGGAUCUGCACAGCUGUAAUGUCUGCUUCUGCCAUGGACAAUGACCUCUCAGGAAAGGGAAUUUGUCUAAAUCCCAGUAUUCUGUGUAUCCCCUGCUCUACAUCAGGAAUUCAAUAAAAACAGUGAACUGAUCUACA